CAUAAGUCAUAGCUAACACGAGUUCUAUAUAAAUCAAUUAUCUAUGAUUUCGGAUGGACAAGAAAGCCUCGAACAUGCUGUUACUACGUUGUACUUUAACGUUACCUACACAUAUUACUGGUGUAAUUCAUCAUCACGAAUUAAAGGCGAAUAUAUAUUUGCGAGCUCUUUUAACAUAACUUUCCUUCAUAGAUAGGUUUCUCCCCUUGAGCAUUACUCAACGUUUGGUACGACCCUGAAGAGAAAAUCUCUGGAUAUCGCAACUAGCGAGUGACACGAAGAAAUGAAGCUCCCCAAUCCGUUAUCCAUCACCCUUUCUGGCCUCCUGUGUCAGUCCCAUCUUGCACUUUCGGAAGAUCCUCCUUUACCUCCGUGGUACCCUCUAAAGCCUUGGGAAAUCUCCUCAUUUCAGUACCGUAGCCCCCGUGUCGGCCCAUACGGUACCAAUGCCACGAGUCUAAAUAUCACCAUCUCAAAUCCUAGCAGAAUACCGGCGGGACCUGCACCACACGCCUCGGGAGGUGGUUAUGUUGUUUUCAGCAACAGCACCGCGCAGUGUUCAGUGCAUUGGAAAUUCGACGACAGAACGCCGUAUGGACAUACUAAGGACACCUGCUCCGCUCCGACGUCCGGCGCGACAACGCCUAACUGGAAUAUAACGAUUAAUGAGAUUCAGCCCGGCUAUUACAUGGAUUACUCUUUUUCGCUCGCGUACCAUCUGCACGCGUAUGGGAGCGAUUUUUACAAGUUGUUGUCGGGACAUAUCCGCCUCCAACCCGAAGAAGACUUGGAGGGCGGAUGCGAUGAAAAUGAUAUCUGCUCGUACACUUUGAAGAAUGGAAGCGCCCCGCUUUUGAUACAACCAGUAUUGGCGGAAUGUAGAUACGCUUGUGGAUAGUCCAUUUUAUAGACUUGUCGGAGUUUCGACGAUUGACGGGAAGCAUCAAGCUUGAUGAGGAGUAAAUUUCAAAAUGUUCUGAAAAGGAAUCAUCUACCCGACCCCUUUUGUCAAGGGACCCUGCGAGACAGUCUUACAACUCGGUAGAUAAUAUCUCUUCUUGAUUUAGGGCGCACUAUGUUAAGCUAGAUAUCAGAUAAGUACCUAAGGUAGCUAGAUCAUGAACCACCCCCCGGUCAUAACAAUCAUGAGCGGGGUUAGCCGAAGAUAAGACACAG